UGCAGUUAGCAGAGGAGGUUAGCCCGUAGAUGUGGCUGUCGGUUAUAUUCGGAAAGGUUAGGAUAAUUUUUGACUGGCUAGAAGCUAAGGGAGAUCAAAAAUUGCCACAAACCUUUUGAUUUCGCAAUCGUCCGUCGUGUAACGGAUUCACGUGAUAAAAGCGCCUUGAGGCAUACGGCCCAGAAGAGAAAAAGUUGAAAAAAAAAAAGCCAGCCUGCAUCAGUGGGCAGAGAUUUUGGAGUUUUAGCGUGGGAUAGGCUCAAACCACCUCGCUGUAGUAGUCAUUUGACUGUCAGUAGGUGAUAUGACUGAUAGGAUAAAAUAAUAGGCUUUUCGACCAAGUGGUCAGAAGAUAAUAACAAACUAAGUUGAUAUAUCACUGUAAGUUUGGCUGGGUUUUUUGUCAAGCGAUCCGGCAAAAUUUCAGUGAACUUAUUACCAGGUCCUGAAAAAAAACAUGAUCAUGGUUGAAAAAAAGACUGAUUUAAACAGGCAGUCAGUAUAACUUUUGGACGUUAACAAAAAGGAUUUCCAUUACGGGCGAGGGCUUUGUGUUCAUAAAACAAAACGGAAGAAUGAUGCAAUUUUUCAAAAAAAAAAAAGUGAAAAGGGGGAAAAGUCGGCUCGUAGUUUCAAACGACCUCUGAUUAAGCGAACUCUUCUCCGUUUGAUUCUUUAGUUCAUUAAGAGAAUAGAUCAUAAAAGGUGUCAAGCGGACGGAGGUAAUGGCGGUUAGGUGGUGCCGUGAAAUAAUAUUAAAAAUAAAUGUACGGACCAUGAUAUGGCGUAUUAUAGUAAAACAAGAUGUACACAAAAAUGCCGAAAAAUAAAUUGAUAAUGAUUCGGCGAUAGAAACACUGUCUGUUGAAUUCCAUGAGUGAUCAACUAAAUGUAAGCUUAAUAUUUAGUUUGCACAUUGGUGAUUUGAGUGGGUGAAGGACAGAAUACGAUGUGACUUCAGUGUUCUUCGAUCAACUGUUGUAUUUCUUCGCUCGACCCCCGACUUUUAGGCAUUGGCACCCCAUGGCUAUGACACCCUUUAACGUUUGUCAUUUAGGUCUAUAAAAAAGCUUUAAAAUGACGGUUCACGUAAAAGAAAUGGCUGCUGACCAUUGAAUCGUAUUGGCACUGUACUUUGAAACUGUUGGCCGAUCCGCCAUCUUGUUUUGCGCGUGGGAAGUGCUCGCGUUUCUUACUGCAUUAUGGGAUAGGAAAUAGCUCUACUCGCGUGGGAGUACAUUCACACGUGGGCCGAAGAGAUCUCCUCAUGAAUGAAAAUUGACAGAAUUUUACUCUCUGAAGGCGUUUUGAGCUUCGAUAAGAUGCUUGGUACGGCAUGAUCCAUGCCUUCAUGGGGUGAAUUGUGCCGAUUUUCACUCGCGAGAGAGAGAUAGCGUCCCGACUUUGCUUACUGGUGCGACACCGCUGAUUUGAUUUCCACCGGCAAAUUUGAAAUUUGUUUGCCGUUUGUCCGAAGGAGAUGCUCUUUACUCAUUAGUUCAGUGGAUUGUUGUGGUUUUCGACCGAUCGUUCGUGUAGAAGCGUGGCAUUCAGCGGAGAAAGCGAACGAAGAAUUUCAAAUACAGAUUAAAGUCUCCAAUACACUCUCAGCAUUCUGUUUAAAUCACAGGAUUCAAGACCAAGCAAACAUCCGUUGUAGAAAUUAAGACCAUUUACGACAGACUAUGCUUCAGUUCCGCUACUAAACUGUUGCUUACACAAGUCGUCUUCCAGAAGCUUGUUUCGGUCGGACCGGUGUGGUGUAAGGCGGCGUUAAAGGUUGGCCGAUAUGCAGUUUUCAAUGAAACUGUUCGUUUCCUUGGUCCUUCCAGCUGCCAUCACGAUCAUCGUAAGCUUUCUGUGGAUGAAGAAGAGGAGCAAAGAAGCCGAAGAUCUGGACGAGAUUGAAGGGGAUGGAAAUGUAAACAGCGAGGACGGUAGAAAAAGAAAUGCAGAGGACCACAGUGUUAUAGAGAAGGAGAUCAGUGAAGAUAGGGAGGAGACUCUGGAAGCAGAAGCUUCGGAUGGGCAUCGAUACCCGCUGGAGAAGCAGCCAAGUACAACAGAAAGCGUUCAGCAAGCGGAUUCUGGAAUAGGGACAAAGCCAUCGACGAGUUCGGAACUCAAAGAUUUGUCAGGAGGUGAAGAGUCGACCAGCGAGGGCAGUGUCGAUAGCAGCACUUUGCUGAGCUUUACGGAAGGUUUUAACAAUGGCACUCCACCUCUUGGUGAAGACAACGUGAAGUCCCGAAAAGGUUCGCAAAACGGAGACAAAGACGUGUGGGAAAUUGAGUUCCCUCAGAUCUUGUGCGGAAGGUUGAUAGGGCGGAAGGGAAAAAAUGUGCGUGUCAUUUCUGAGAAAUCCGGUGCUAAAAUUCGAUUGAUUCCGCAGUCGCCGGGUGAGGUUUCUACUCAUAGGAUCAUUUCAGUGACAGGAAGUUCUUCGCAGAUUAAAAGCGCGCUGGAUUCUAUUCACGAAAAGUUUCCAUGCGUCCCUUUGACACGGUUGAACUCGCCUCUGAAUGGCGUACCAGCAAACGCUUGCGUGCAACCGAUGCUCAGUCCUGCAACUGCUGCAAUGCCUCACCAGGCGUUGCCUUUCGUUCAAGCCAUGCUCCCAAGCGUUGCAAACUUCGACGUUGUGGUUACGAGUGUUACGGAUGCCGGCCACUUCUUUGUUCAGCUGCAUAACGAUUUCAUGCAACGGCAGCUCCAAGAUCUUCAUCAGAACAUGUUGCAGUGUUACGGACAGGGAACAGCGCCUCUUAUUCUUCCUUUACCGCAGCCUAUUGUGGUAGGUUCGUGUUGUGCAGCGCCAGCAUACACGUACAAUGGCUGGUACAGAGCUCAGGUACUUGGGCCGACUGCUAAUCCGGACGAAGUAGAGGUAAAAUAUUUGGAUUACGGGGGAUAUGGCCGCAUAGCUGCGUCGAGUCUUCGACAGUUGAGAGCUGACUUUUUGACGCUGCCUUUUCAAGCAAUCGAAUGUUACCUUGCGAAUGUGAUUCCACUACAAGGAGACACAUUUUCAAGUGUGGCUAAUGCUGUGUUGGAAGACUUGACAAUGAAUGCUCUGUUGACCGCUCGUGUUAUCGGUCACAGAAGCGGCUUGCCGUGUCUAGAGCUUUAUCUCGUACAAGGCCAGCAGACAAUCCUGAUUAACAGAGAACUAGUGAACCGCGGCUUGGCUCGCUGGGCAGAAACUUGACGACAGCACGAGUUGUAUCACGUUUAUCCUGGCCAAAUGGAGCCGUAGAAAAUUGCUUGUUCAACGAUUUUCUGAACAAAGGAGGAAUCAAGCAGACAAAGCUGGUUGAUAAGUGUAUUUCUAAUUUGGUAUGAAAUAGGAAGAUGAAAUUAGCGAAAGGAAACUUUGGAAAGUAAUUUAAUUCAUAUGCGGAUGGAGAGAUGGAAUCGCCAAAGGCUUGAUUACUUGAAAGAAAUCGCUAAAAUUUUCUUUGGUCGAUGGCUUAAUUUUUUGUCAAGUUGAGAGCGUGUAUGAUAUUGUGAAUAUGCUAUAUUUGUCUUCAAAGUGAAGAAGUUUGUGUGUAUAUGACAAAGUUGUUGCUUUAUAAGUUCUUUCGUAACGAAAGGCUACCUCCAUAUGACGUAAUUGAAAACAAUGAGGUACACAUCAGUUGAAAAGGCCAAAGGCCAAGAAAAUUAUUUUCCCCAGAAUGUUACCUAGUCAAAGUAAGCUAUUUACCAUUUUGCGAUCGAAUUAUAUAUGAUUAUAACGGGCCAUUUUGAAUUGAGAGAACAAAAUAAUUUACAUUUAAGACAUUGUAGAGUAUUUUAUUAGAAGAAAUGACAAUGAUAUUUUAGCCCAAAUGAAAUUCAGCAAUGUUAUCAAAGGCUUGAGACACAAAUGUUCAGGUACAAUAAUAUAUAAAAGCAAAACAUUCUGUUUCAUUCCCAGACCUGUUUCUGAUGGCAUGUAUGCUUAAAUAAAUAUCGUAUUACAUUAUAGAGGAAAACGGUUAAAUAUUAAACAACGUUAAAAAAGAAAGCUAACAACUCGCACCUGGUAUUUUAAAAUAUGACCAGAAUAUUCAUUUCUAGAAUGCUACAGUGAUGUCAUGGAAUUUGAGAUCAUUUGUCACACCUUUUUAUUACCUCUGUGUUGGUUUCCUAUUCUUCUCAACCAAUCAGAGCCAAUAAUAAAUUUUUGACAACUUUUUUACCUCUGUGUUGGUCGGCCAAUGUUCUCAGCCAAUCACAGAGCCCUCUUUUUCACGUCUUUUUUUCUUAAGGGGGAAGGGGGGGUUCAAAUCUCAGUUUUCAGCCAACCACAGAGCCAGUAAUUAUUUCGGCCAAUGUUGUCAGCCAAUCAAAGGGCCUAGCUUUUUGACGUCAUUUUCUUGUUGGUUUUCAAAUGUUUUUAACCAGUCACAGAGCCAGUAAUAAUUUUUGGACAGCUUUUUGACGUGUGACGGCUUUCCAAUCUUCUCAAGCAGCCAGUAAUGUAAAUUUUUGACAGCAUUUUGACUGGUUUUCUUAUCUUUUCAGCCAAUCACGAACCAAAUAGUAUAAUUUUUUGACAGUGUUUUGACGUCGUUGUAUUGGUUUCCCAAUCUUUUCAAUCACAGGCUAAAAAGUAUCAUUUUUGGCAGCCGUUUGGGGUCUCUGCGUUAGGUAGUUUUCCAAUUUUCUCUGGCCAAUUAGAGCCAGUGAUGAAAUGUUUUGGAAGCUUUUUGAUGUCUAGAAACUAGGGAAAUUGCUGUGUUGAUCACGGUAAUGACUCACUGUUAGACUGUAUCAUUUAGCCUGCAUUUAGGACACCUCCUUUAGUUACUCAAAGUUCAUUGUAGCAACAACACUAACGCCGACGCCGACGCCGACGCCGACGACCAUGCGGUUCAAAACUAAAUUUAUUUUUACUGAAGAUUCUUGCUAUUACGUCGUCGAUCCCAGCGGCUGAAUAGCAGAUUGGGAUCAAAUCUAAAUUUUAAAUAAAAGCAUUUUUUCAAUCUAGUUUUUAAAGGAGCUGCGUCACAUAAAUUCAAAAACGUACAUUUGAGUAACUUUCAUUGACGUACAAAGUUACGUUCAAAUUAAGGAAAACUUCGAAAUAGAAGGCUUUAAAAACCACUUUAAGAGUUUCAAUGUUGUUUUUUUUUUAGUUGUUGCUGUUCUUGUUUCUUUGCUGUUUUUGUUAUUUCGCUUUUUUUCACUUGUUUGGACUAAGUCACAGUCACCCAAAUUAAUAAAAGUAAUGUUAAUAAUGAUGGUUAAUUGUUGUGAUUGAGACAAAUACCAAAUGACAAACUUCAAAAAUAAUUGGAGAGAUUAUUUUAAGAUACGCGGUCCGUGACACAGCUCCUUCAAACGAUCUAAAAGAAUCGUAGAUAUCUUAGACUUACGCCAGUUACUUUCGUCAUUCAGGGCAAAACCGCCCUAAAACACUCGAUCUCGCUUACUGCCAAGUGCAAACCAUUGUGUACUCUCAGCCCCUGAGUCGAUGACUUGAAAAAAUUGGACAUUUUUCAAGAUGUUCCGUGUUUGACGUAGCUUCUUUAACAGUGCAGCAUGCUAAACGACGUUUUUAAAUGGUUUAAAUGAAAGAAGUUCAAAUAACUUUGUAUCGAAUUUUUACUUCUUUGAUUUGUUGUUGUUGUUGUUGCUGUUUUGUUUUAGAUUUUUAAUUUUUUUUUUUCGUUUAUUAAUUGCAACCAUUUUCAUCUGUUUUAAUUACAGUCUCAAUUAGCCAAAUUAUAAAUUAAUAAAGGAUGUUUAAAUAUUGGUUAAAUAUAUUUCAAAUUGUUGUUAGCAAGUUAUUUAUAUACAAUUAUAGUAAUAUUUAAUUUGAGUUAAAUUAAAUUUUUUCCAAUCUGGAUAUAGCUUCAAGUGAAACUGCAGGGCAGUUAGAAAUAUGCAAUUUACCACAACCAACAUCUACAUUUCAGUAACAUGGAUCUCCCUGUGUUGCAGGCGACGUACAUGUAAAGUUUAGUUAAUUAGCAACUUGAAAAAAGAACUGUAGGACAACUAGAAAUACGUAAUAAACUACUCAAAUACCUAGAUCAUCUUUUCAUAUGGGAGUUCCCUUCUCCCAAGUUUAGUUGAUGAGUAACUCGGGAAAGAAAAACACUCUUAAAACAUGUAAGGCAUCUACUCUAGGAAUACUGAAUGAAUAAACUACUCAAACACCAA